AUGUUGAUGGGCGAAGAUGACAUUGCUGCUAUGGUGAUCGACAACGGGUCUGGCAUGUGCAAGGCCGGUUUCGCCGGAGACGACGCUCCACGAGCCGUCUUCCCG